CCGGCCCCUGCCCCAGGCUCCGCCUCGCUGCGGUUGACCCGGAAGCGCUCGGCGGGCUCCGUCCGUCUCUGAGGGGGCGAGAAGAUGGCGGCGGUGUCGGUGCUGCAGGCGCCGAGCGGCGGCUUCAGCUUCGAUAACUGCGCUCGGAACUCGCUCUUGGAGGCCGAGCUCUCCCAGAAGGGGCAGCGGCUCCCCGCCGCCCGCAAGACCGGCACCACCAUCGCCGGCGUCGUCUACAAGGAUGGCAUAGUCCUGGGAGCAGAUACAAGAGCAACGGAAGGAAUGGUUGUUGCUGACAAGAACUGCUCAAAAAUACACUUUAUUUCCCCUAAUAUCUACUGUUGUGGAGCAGGCACAGCUGCAGAUACUGAUAUGACGACGCAGCUGAUUUCUUCCAAUCUGGAGCUGCAUUCACUAUCGACUGGACGACUUCCAAGGGUUGCCACAGCUAACCGAAUGCUGAAGCAAAUGCUUUUCAGGUAUCAAGGCUACAUUGGUGCAGCCCUGGUUCUAGGUGGAGUAGAUGUCACAGGCCCUCACCUGUACAGCAUAUAUCCCCACGGAUCAACUGACAAAUUGCCUUACGUUACCAUGGGUUCUGGGUCGCUGGCAGCUAUGGCAGUGUUUGAAGAUAAAUACAAACCGGACAUGGAGGAAGAGGAAGCCAAACAGCUUGUGAGAGAUGCCAUUGCAGCCGGCAUAUACAAUGACCUGGGCUCUGGCAGCAACAUCGAUAUCUGCGUUAUAAGCAAGAGCAAGCUGGAUUUUCUCCGUCCAUAUGAUGUGGCCAACAGGAAGGGGGAGAGGUACGGGAGGUACAAGUGUGAGAAAGGAACUACUGCUGUUCUCACAGAAAAUGUAGCACUCCUGGAAAUUGAGGUGUUGGAUGAGACCGUACAAACCAUGGACACCUCCUGAACUACCCACCAGCCCGUCUGUUUCCUUCUAUGUCCCAGCAAGCAGCACCAGUUUAGCAGCCU